AUGAAGAGGAAUGAUACUGUCGAAAAAUUCAAUCGGAGUAAAUGGACCUCCAACGAUCAGAUCAGUGGUUUGGGGCAGGCAAAGUCCUAUGCAUGUACCUUCUGCAAGCGAGGUUUCUCUAAUGCACAAGCUCUUGGGGGACACAUGAACAUUCAUCGAAGAGAUCGAGCCCGGAUCAUCAGACAGUACUCGGAAGACCAAAACCAAGUCUCUUCUUCGGAUGCGGUGAAAUGCCCCUCAACUUCUGCUCAUCAUGAUCCUCUUCGUGCUAAUGAUUCCGAGGAGAAAACUUUGCUGCAACUGGAAAGGAAGGGAACCAACAUGAUUUCAAGAAAGCCUUCAUGCCCUUCCUCUACUAGAUCAGAAAAUCAUGAAAUUGUGGCUCGUUCCGAGGGAAAAAUCAGUAGUUCGGAAGAUGUUCAAGCACAGCUGCAGCUUCCUUUGUUUCUCGAAGAACCAGUAGUAUCAAAUGGCGGUGGAAAAUUUGUGGAGCUGGACUUGGAGCUCCGGUUGACUGCAACUGCUUUUGCAACUAUUAGUAUCCAACAAUCAAUUCGCUUCAAAUUAAGAGAGACUAUGUCUUCGGCAAAAGCAAGAUCAGAAGCCAUUCAAAAUUACUUCAAAUUCUGGAAAUUUCUAGUUUUCCCCAAUAAGGGCUUCUCUAUGAUCACUCUCGCUCUUUGUUGCUCCAUCGCUUCAAUUUCAGUCAUCUUCUACUUUGCCUUCUCUAACCAUCCCCUUUCUUAUAUUUCUCUAAACCAGAGAAUAGACGCCAAUUACUUCAACUACGGCAAAGUUGAUGGUUUCAAAAAGACAAACAUAUCCCACAUUCUCUUUGGCAUCGGUGGCUCCGUGAAAUCAUGGAACAAACGCAAACAAUACAUUGAGCUAUGGUGGAAGCCUAACAUCACCCGCGGAUUCGUUUGGUUUGAUCAGAAACCCUUCCCCAACAUGACGUGGACCGAGACCUUGCCACGGUACAAAGUCUCCGGUGAGACGUCACGGUUCAAUUACACCUGCUGGUACGGCUCACGGUCUGCGAUUCGCAUAGCGAGAAUCGUGAAGGAGAGUUUCGAGUUAGGGUUGGAGAACAUAAGGUGGUUUGUUAUGGGAGACGAUGACACGGUGUUUUUCACCGAGAACUUAGUUACGGUGUUAACGAAAUACGACCACAAUCAGAUGUACUACAUCGGCGGUAACUCCGAGAGUGUGGAACAAGAUAUGGUACACUCCUACGCUACGGCCUACGGCGGUGCUGGGUUUGCUAUAAGCUACGCAUUGGCGGUUGAGCUCGUUAGGAUUUUGGACGGGUGUCUUAAUCGAUAUCAUGAAUUUUACGGCUCAGAUUCAAAGAUCCAGGGUUGUAUGAGUGAGAUUGGGGUACCCUUAACAAAAGAGCUAGGGUUUCACCAGAUGGAUAUACGAGGGCAUCCAUAUGGUUUGCUAGCGUCACACCCGGUGGCUCCGUUAGUCUCACUUCACCACCUGGACGAUGUCCAACCCAUAUUUCCUAGCCAAACCAGCAUGGAGUCCUUAAAGAGGCUAAUUAGCGGGUAUAAAGCGGAUCCGGGUCGGACCCUGCAGCACAAUUUUUGCUAUGACUUGAGGCGUAAUUGGUCGGUUUCAGUGUCAUGGGGCUACACUGUGAUGUUAUAUCCGUCGUUAGUGACCGCUAAGCAGCUAGAAACGGCAUUGCAGACAUUCCAGACAUGGGGAAGUCGGCAAGGAGGACCUUUCACGUUUAAUAUCCGAACCGUGAGCUAUGAUCACUGUGAGAGACCGUUGGUGUACUUAUUGGAUCGGGUUGAGAACGUUGGUCGGGCUGAGACCUUAACUACAUAUCAUAGGUACUUGCCUUGGUCGAGCAAUCGAGAAUGCGGGCAUUGUAAUUGCACCUCUGCCUUGGCUGUUGAGUUUUUCAACGUUUCAGCUUCCAAGUUUAGCCCUGACUUGUGGAACAAGGCUCCGCGUAGACAAUGUUGCGAGAUCAUCAAUGGCAGCGAGGGAGUUGAUAGCGUGGUACAGGUCCAGAUCAGAGACUGCAUGCGCUUCGAGAGUGUGACUCCUCCGUAG